AUGCACACCGUCGGCAUCUUAGGCAUCAAUGGCAACCUGGGGAAGCCAACAGCUCAACACCUCGUCAAAGCAGCAGAGCAAGACAAGAUCAAACUCGUCAUCUUCCACCGUGAAGGCAAAGCCGGCGACUUCAAACCCGGAAAGAAUGUCGAACUCAGAGUCAUCGACCUCGAUGGGCCAACAGACAAGCUCGAAGAGGCUGUCAAGGGGGUCAAUGUCUUCGUUUCUACCGUGGGCGUAGGUGGCCUCAUGUCGGAAGGCGUCGUCAUGGAAGCCAUCUCGAAGAGCCCCGACUUCGUGACCUACAUGCCGGCGAUGUACUCGACCACUUGGAGUAAGGAGGACUUUGAAGAUCCAGUCUUGGGUCCGGUUGUCGGGAGUCUGCCUGGCUACACAAAGCCGAAGGAACUCGGCAUUGGUAUCACCAAGGUGUAUACUGGGAUUUUCGACUUCACGUUCUUCGAGUCGGGGUUCUUGUACGCCUCCUUGAAGGACAACUCCAUCUACCUGAACGAUAAGCUAUCAAAAAGCCCCCUACCCAUCACAACAAUGCCCCACCUCGCCCAAGCCAUCGCCCAGAUCGUAACCACAAACUCCCCCGAAGCCAUCAAAAACAAAUCCUACUCCGUCAUUACCUUGUGGGCCACCGGGGCCGAGAUCCGCGACCUCUACACGAAGCUUCACGGGAAGCCUACGCAGGUGAAUGAGUGGACGCCAGAGGAAAGGGAGGUGAGGAGGCAUGAUAAGACGGACUUCACCGGGGCCGUGAGGGUGGGCUAUGUUGACAAGUGGGAGGGUUCGAAGUGGGAGUACGAGACUGAUGGGAAGGUUUUGGUGCAAGGUCACGAGGGUGUGGGGUUGGAGGAGGUGGCGAAGGGGUUUCUUUGA